AUGGAUCCGAAGCCGCAAGGGACUCACCAUGAAGACCCGGUCAAACCGGCGAACAUGGACCACAUCAAUGUCGUGCGGGUUCCCCUGACCGAAGAAGAUAACAAACGGAUUCGAAACAAGACCGACAGGACCAUCCUGGUAAUCCUGAUGUGGGGUUACUUCCUGCAGAUUCUCGACAAGACGGUUCUAGGAUAUGGUGCCACGUUCGGCCUGAAGGAGGACGCCCACCUCUCCGGCAAUGAAUAUUCCUUGGUCGGUUCGAUGGCUCCAAUCGCCCAACUGGCCUGGCAGCCAUUCUCCUCAUUCUUGAUUGUCAAAGUGCCACAUCGGAUUCUUCUUCCUGCCCUGGUCGCCGGAUGGGGUGUCGCACAGGCGGCUAUGGCUGCUUGUCACAACUUCGGGGGGCUAAUGGCCACCCGGUUCUUCCUUGGUCUCUUCGAGGCAGGCUGUCUGCCUCUGUUCAGUAUUAUCACUGCCCAAUGGUACCGUCGUGCGGAGCAACCUCUGCGAGUGGCAGCCUGGUACAGCACCAAUGGUCUUGCGACCAUCAUCGCUGCGGCCCUAAGUUAUGGACUGGGACACAUCCAGUCUGGCGUGCUUAAAGAGUGGCAGAUUAUCUUCCUCGUCGUCGGUCUUAUCACCAUCAUCUCGUCGCCAUUCCUCUACUGGAAGCUCGACAACGACAUUGCUUCGGCCCGAUUCCUCAACGACCAAGAAAAGCUUCAAGCUAUGGAGCGCCUCCGAGCGAAUCAAACUGGAGCUGGAAGCCGAGAGUUCAAGAUGCGUCAAGUUGUAGAGGCCGGCCUCGAGCCGAAGACAUACAUCUGGAUUGGGAUGGCAUUCCUGCUCAACGUUGGCGCGUCGGUGACGAAUGUCUUCGGUCCUCUGAUCCUGUCCGGACUCGGCUUCGACAAGUUCAAGACAACAUUACUCAACAUGCCCUUUGGUGCCCUUCAGUUCAUCAUUAUCCUCCUGGCCAGCUAUCUCGCCCAGAAAGCCCGCCUCAAGGCUGUCGUGCUCGCCUCCUUUAUGCUCCCGGUCGUGGCAGGCCUGGCGGUCUUGUACGCCCUCCCGCGCAAUGACUCCGUCCAGGGUGCCUUAAUGGCCGGAUACUAUCUGCUUUCGUUCCUGUUCGGCGGGAACCCGCUCAUCGUCUCGUGGAUCGUGGCAAACACUGCCGGACAAACGAAGAAGUCCAUCGUCAUGAGUCUCUACAAUGCGGCGUCGUCGGCAGGAAACAUCGUCGGACCGCUCCUGUUCAAUGAGAAUGAUGCGCCCGCUUAUCAGCCAGGACUGCGCGCCUGUCUGGGUAUCUUCAUCGCCAUGGCCGUCAUUGUCUUGAUCCAAUGGGCCAAUCUGUUUGUGCUCAACAAGAUGCAGGAGCGUCGCCGUGUGGAGAAUGGAAAGCCGGCUAAGAUCGUCGAUCGGUCCAUGGACAAUACUUAUCAGGUUUCCGAGGAGGAUGCUGAGGUGGAGACGGCCGAGACGGACAACCAGGUGGGCAAUAAUGCUUUCCUUGAUUUGACGGAUCGGGAGAACGACGAGUUUGUGUAUAUUUAUUAG